UGAAGCUGUCAGUCUGAGUCAGCGAAAAUGGCCUGGAUACGUUGGAAGAAGCGUAAUAUUUUUUUCAUCAUCAUUUUGGUGUCGAUUUUCUUGUUGGCCAGAGUGAAUAAGUACGAGCAUGUGACGAAGUUGCUCUUACACAAGACCAAUGCGGAAGAUGUUUGGGAAUAUGCUGCUGAUUUUAAUAACUUGAAAUAUUUAAAUCCCACCAUUCUGGACUUUAAUGUUAUGGGCGAAAGUGGCGACUUACAACAUUGGAAGUACACAAUUGAAUAUAUACAAAAACUGUCGCACUGGCCUCGAAUUAAGAAUGUAGGUGUCGCCAAUUACGAGAUGAUAUCUGACUUGGUACAUCUAAAUUAUCUGAUAAAUGCAACUCAGAGGGCUUGCUUUGUAUCAGGAAUGUAUUGCUUGGAGUCCCACAGUUACUUCAACUUUUCAUACAACUAUGUAAGAGCUGAAACUUUAUGCCAGGAACUAUUUAUCUAUCAAUGUCCUGUGAUGUUUAGGUACUUUUGCCGCAGGGAAGUUGAGUAUCAAAGAAACACUGUAAUUGAAAAGUUGAGGAGGAAGUUUGCCCUUUUCCCUUAA